ACCUUCCAACUUGAAAGUUUCCUGGCUGGCGAGGAAAAGAUCCCGCCAUAUGCCAUCCUGUCACAUACUUGGAGAGAUGUCGAAAUCGUCUUUCAAGAUGUCAAAGAGAAAGCAGUCGCUGAGUUGAAGCGGCAUCACGCCUUCGCCAAGGUGGAACAGAGUUGCAAGCAGGCGCAACAAGAUGGAUUCGAAUACAUCUGGAUCGACACUUGCUGUAUUGACAAAAGCAGCAGCGCAGAGCUAUCUGAGGCCAUCAACUCGAUGUUCAAGUGGUACCAGCAAUCAUCCAUAUGUUACGUCUUUUUAAGCGACUUCAAAGUACCGUCAACAUCCUCCCUGUCCGACUCAUCUGUCACUGACCCCAGUCUCAAUACUGGUAUUGAGCCGGACGACACAUCCUUCUUCAGUUGCCGUUGGUUCGACAGAGGGUGGACCCUUCAGGAGUUAAUCGCUCCGCGCAUCGUUGAUUUCUUUGAUCAGGACUGGACUAAGUUCGGUUCAAGAGAUGACAAUUUACUUGAUCGGCUUUGCGAUCGUACUGGCAUUUCACCCCAGGUUUUCUCUGAACGGCGAUGUUCAUGUCAGAAAGUUGACUUCUCCUCUCUGGUUCGAAACAGGGUAUGCAGGAAUUGCCGCACGUUGGACAAACUCCUGCAAACGUUGGACAGUUUCGCCGUGUCCAUAAAAAUGAGCUGGGCAUCCAGUCGAAUGACCACCCGAAAGGAAGAUGCUGCUUACUGCCUUCUCGGGCAAUUCGAUAUUAACAUGCCAAUGCUCUAUGGCGAAGAUGACAAAGCGUUUAUGCGCCUCCAAGAUGCCAUCCUGAGGCGGUCUAAAGAUCAAUCCAUCUUUCUCUGGAGAGCUGAACCGUCAGACAUUCCACAGGGACGUGCCAUGGGCUGCUUGGCCCCUGCAAGCGCGAACUUCAGGGACCCAAUACCCAUCAUUGGACGACAGGGGUUUGGCAACAACGAUCAGCGAUAUGAAGAGGAUUUUCUUGGAAACAUGGCCCCAAUGGAGAUCACAGACACUGCCUUAAAGGUGAAUAUUUGGCUUUGUCCCGGCACGGUUACGUCGAUCAUUCCGGGCUUGGUAGAAAGUCUGAAUCAGUCUUUAUGGCUCGGUAUCCUUGACCUGGCUUAUGAAGAUGACUAUUUGGCUCGCCCUGCAAUCAUUCUUGAGGAUAUGGGGGUGUUUGGUCUAUAUCGUCGAGCCUACAACCAGCUCAUCGUCCGUGUCAACCCAAGAGACAUCAUAUCGGAACAUAUUUUAUCUCACGAAGGAUCGUAUCCUGGUCCUUUAUUCGACCUAGGUUUCAUCUAUUCCCUUGACAAGGCAAUUAGGAAGGAUGUCAAAAUUCUCCUCAAGCAUGGCCCUAUCAACGCUGUGAAGAUGCCAUCCAAUUCAUACGAAGAGCCUACAACUGGACCACUAUAUUUGAUCACUGAUUUGGAUGAAAGCGUUCACUUUGAGACCGAUAGUGGUAGGAGCCACCCUCCCCUCAACCAGUACUCAGCGCGUACAACAGAACUCUCGGCUCCAUGGAGGUUUGAGCGUUGCGAACACGGUUCGAACAGAUUUUUGGGCGGCGCUCACUUUGUCAACUUUCAUUCUGAAUGGAACGGUCAACCGUCGCACCAGGUUUCCGCUGUGAUUAUCUGGGGCACACAUCGUGACGAUCGCGCAACAAACGAGGAGCGGCUUUGGUGCCGUGUUUUUUAUAUGCACGCAUUGAUGAAGGAGAUGGGUUACGCCACAAAGAAAGUGCUUUUUCCCAGACGCCAUGUGGAAGAGGAUGACAUUUCUCCUAGAACGGUUCAACACAAAAUGGAGGCAUUCCGCAAACAACUCUGCAAACCACCUUUUGGGCAAUUUCUCAUCUCCCAAAGAAACUCGAAAAAAUUCCCCCAAAAGACGUUAUUUCCAGAAUCUUGCGACGAACGCUACGUCAAAGAUGGGCUACCAAAUGUCAUAAACCACUGCGGUGUCAUGCUCGGUUUGACGGCUAACAUUAGUCGUACUAAGGGACUGGGCCGCACACUUUAUGAGCUGAGGAUUAGUAUCAAGGCUAUGGGGGAGCAGAUUUAAAGAUAAUACAGUCAAACACUGGGAGGCAGAAGUUCUACGUCGUUCAGCAUUCCAUGAUUCUACCACGAGUGCAAUGCAAUACAUAAACUUACCUUUUUUUAAGCACAAAUCUGUAUCCUAGGUAAUUCACAGUAGCAAAUACGAUACAAUACACGAGUCAGCAGUGUUGAG